GGUAAUGGCAGCCCCCAUAGGAUGGAUGCCCCUGCAGCUGCAAUGCCGGCGGUUGCUCCUUUCCCGGCGGCUUAAGGCAAAGCUGCGAAUAACAGAGGCGCGCUUCAGCUCUACGGAAGCUGCUGCAGCUGUAUUAAAGGAGCAGCAAGUCCCGGCUAGCGAUGAGGCGUCGGCCACCGAGGUUAGUGCCCGAAAGAAGACAUUCCGGGAAAUGCUGUCAGAAAGACUAGAACAAGCUCAACGGACAGUGUUAAUAGACUGCAUAUCCAAAAUAAACGAGAAGAAAUUUCUUAAAUACUUGUCAUCUCAUGGAAACAUUAAGAAUCACUUCUUUUAUGAAAGCUAUGGCACAUAUGCCGUCGUAGAAUUUUCUGAAAAAGACAGCAUAGCAUCACUGCAGGAUGUCGCUGGUACCCCACAGUUUAAGGAUGAGUGUCCCGUUCCAUUUAAAUCUAGAAUUUUUACUUUAACAUUGAAAAGUCCACAAAGCCAAGCUUCUGAUCAGGUGCCAGUUCAUCGUCAUAAGCUGUCCACUGUUCCUUUGGAAGAACUGAUCAGGAAAUUAUGUAACGCUGAUAAUGUGAGUGAGCAGUUGCACAUGCUCACAGAGGAAUAUCAGCUGACCGAAGAAAACACUAAACUCCGGUUUCUGACUUGUUCUUUAAUUCAAGACAUUGCAGGUGCCUAUUUUCCAAACUGCAUCGUGAAACCAUUUGGCUCUUCUGUGAACAGUUUUGGUAAACUGGGAUGUGAUUUAGACAUGUUUUUGGACCUUAAUGAGAUUGGGAAAAGCACGACCAGAAGGAAAACAGGUGCCUUUAACCUGCAGUAUCAGAUGAAGAGAGCGCCUUCUGUACGGGUUGCAACACAGAGAAUCCUUUAUGUGAUCGGGGAGUUCAUUGAUAACUUUGGCCCUGGGUGUGUUGGUGUGCAAAAAAUACUUAAUGCUCGCUGUCCAUUGGUGAGAUUUUCCCAUCAGCCUUCAGGAUUUCAGUGUGACUUGACAUCUAACAACAGAAUUGCCAUGCAGAGUUCUGAACUUCUUUAUAUCUACGGCAGCCUUGAUCCACGUGUAAGAGCUCUUGUGUUCGGUGUACGGUGCUGGGCGCGGGCCCAUGGGAUCACAAGUAGCAUUCCUGGUGCAUGGAUUACAAAUUUCUCCUUAACAAUGAUGGUUCUGUUUUUUCUGCAAAGGAAAAAUCCCCCCAUCAUUCCAACCUUGGAUCACCUGAAGGAGCUGGCUGAUGUACAAGAUAAGCAGGUAAUUGAAGGUCAUGACUGCACGUUUGUUAGCAACUUGAACAAAAUUAAGCCCACAGGAAACACACAGAGUUUGGAUGUGCUGUUGGGUGACUUCUUUGAAUACUAUGGGAAUUUUGCUUUCAAUAAGUAUUCACUAAACAUUCGCAAGGGGAAAGAGCAAAACAAGCCUGACUCUUCUCCGCUCCACAUACAAAAUCCCUUUGAGCAGAGCCUCAACAUCAGCAGGACCGUCAACAUGACGCAGCUUGAACGGUUUAUCACGCUGGCCAGAGAGAGCGCUUGGCUUCUACAACAGGACAAGGGUCCUUCUUCCAGCAGCGACCAACCCUGGGGAAUGGUGGCCCUUCUUCCAGCGGUGACUGCAAAGAAUGCCGGCAAGGACGCAAGGAGGAAGAAGGGAACCACCAGUGAAAGAAUCAAAGGCCUACUGGAGUCCUUAAAGAUGAAUAACCCCAGCAAUGGGGAAAGGACCUUCAGUACAUGGGUGCGGUAGCUGCUGCAACAUCCUCAGAACUCACCCAAGUGUUUGGGGGCCUCAGCAUCACUUGAAGGUGACAUCUGUGGGGCCUGAAAUGGCAGAAAAAUACAGACUUCGGGAGUUCUGCAACUGGGCGGGCUAACGUGCUAAUCUCGUUUUGGCCUCCUUGACCGUUAUCCCUGGCCUUUUGGGUGGGAAGUAGCCAGUUUGUUUUCUGGAUACCCUUAUCUGAUACAGGUCACAGAGGAAAGAACAAUGGACCUGAGAAGGGGCCGUUGAGAAUACGAAAGGAGGGAGGAAGAAAAACAACCCUCUGGCGGUCUCUUUCCAGGGAAACCUUCACCCACCCCACCUGCCGACACAGUGCCCUGCAAGCUGGUUUUAAUCAAAGUGCUUGUAACCAUUUUUGUAACUGUUUUCCACGCCCGUCAAUGGUGGAAGACACAAUAAAAUUACACAGAG